AUGAAGCCAGAGGCUCUCUGGUGGCUACUGGGCCUUCUCGUGCUGAGGGAUGGAGAUGCAUCAGACUAUGGCGAGGAGAAGAUAGGGAAGGCCGGUUACUGCCCCGCGUUCCCCAGCGGUUUGUACCAGCCGCCCUGCACGGUGGAGUGCGAAGCUGACAGUGAAUGCGAGCGGAGCGAGAAGUGCUGCGAAUUUGCCUGCCGCUACAGCUGCACGGUGCCCAUUGCAGAUAAACCUGGGAUGUGCCCUUCCCCACUGGUGAAGAAGCUGCGUGCACCUGAACCGUGCCUGACCACCUGUGUGGCCGACCGGGAUUGCUCCGGGCCCGAGAAGUGCUGCAAGGAAGCCUGUGGACAAACCUGCAGGCUCCCACUUCCAGAGAAACCUGGGAAAUGCCCCAAGAAGAAGCCCCGGAAGAACGCGGGCCCCGCCAUGGACACCUGUCGCCACGACCAGGAGUGUUUGGGUGCGGAGAAGUGCUGCUUCACGGGAUCCUCCAUGAACUGCCUCAACGUUCAGCCAGGGGGCGGAGUGGGGCCAGGAGGCAAGAGAGCUGCCCGCCCCUGGCUGUGGGCAUCAGCAAGACAGAGCGUGGCUCAGUGGCCAAGGAACGGCCCGUCCUCUUUUGUCUGUGAGGAGAAGUGA